AUGGUGCUAUUCAGCAUUCAGAAUUCGAGAACACCCACCGACAGAGUUGUAACCACAAAGCCAGGAAUAGGAAAGGUUCGCUAUUUUCUUUUCAUCCUCAAGAGCACUGCUGAGUCCGCUACCCAUGAUUCAUGUAGUGCAUUCAAUACCACGCAGCUACAGUCUGAAAGAGCUUCCUUUCAAGAUGUCGUGCGUAAAACAAUUGGUCGAAGAUUUGGCAUCGUAGGAGCUGAUGUCCAAGAUCUUCAGGUUCAAAACAUCAUGCGCACCCUCAGUAACAGUGUAGCAGGGCUUCUCUCGUAUCUUGGAGUGCGACUCAUCGCUGAAAACAGUAACACUGUUAAUGUAGAGCUGGAGGCUCCAGCUAUAAUCAAGUAUACAUACACCUAACCUUUCAGCACCCAAUAUCUCAGCUGUAAUUCACCCUGGAAGCUGCUAUAGAUUUUCCUUUAAGGGUUCCAGGUGAUAUUAACAUAUUCCAACCGGCACGUUAUAUGUGAUCAGUUCU